AUGUGUGACAACGCCACAAACUUUGUGGGAGCAAAUCGGGAGCUUAAGGAACUCCGCCAGCAGCUCAAUGACCAACAGUUCCAGUACUCAAUGAUUCGUGCAGCAGAAGACGAUGGAAUCGAAUACAAAUUCAUUCCGGGCAGAUCCCCCAACUUCGGAGGGCUGUGGAAAGCGACUGUGAAAUCAUUUAAGGGUCAUUUCCGUCGAACUAUUGGCAACAAUCCAUUAUCCUACGAUGAACUUCAUACAAUAGUACAUCAAGUAGCAGCUAUUUUGAACUCAUGUCCGUUGACACAGUUAAGCAACGACCCGCAUGACUGUACAGCCCUAACUCCCGGGCACUUUCUGACUGGCAGACCACUCACCGCUGUACCAAAACCGGACCUACAAGAUAUUCCGGAGAAUCGAUUGACUCUUUGGCAGCGAAGUCAAGCUUUCGUGCAGCGGAUCUGGUGA